AAGUCAUAAUAAAACAGCACGCUGCCAACCAUAGACAAAAGAGGGAGGAAGUUUGUGAAUGAUCGAUUUUACGCCGGCCUCCUGAACUUCUCAACGACAUUUUUCUUUGUUUGCCGUAACGCGUGUGGACAAUAUUAACUUUAGCCGCGAGUCCGCGUACAAUUCAAUAAAAUGGCGAACACGUUUCGCGCGGUGACGGUAUCGGCGGUGAGUGGCGAAGGUGCUCUCGCAGCGCGCUUCAAUUUUCCGACAAACGUAAACGUGGAUUAUGACCCGCAGGGGUUGAGUGUUAAAGUGAUUCGUGCGGACCCGGUGCUGGCUCAGGAGGUGCUCGAGUUCCCUGUCCACAGCCAGAGUGAGUGCUCGCGCGUCGCUGGCCAAUCGUACAUAUUCACGAUUGACAAUGAAACGCUAUUCUUCAAGUUCGCGUCUGACGCCGACUGUCAGGCCUUCCACCUGCUCGUCACGAAGACCAAGGCGGGCAGGUCGUCGUCGGUGUUCACGGUGCGCACGGAAGACUCGUCGGCGAUGCAGUACUUCCAGUUUUAUGGUUACCUGAGUCAACAGCAGAACAUGAUGCAGGAUUACGUGAGGACGAGCUCGUACCAGCGCGCUAUACUGUCGAACAUCAACGAUUUCAAGAAUAAAGUGGUGCUGGACGUUGGUGCAGGCUCAGGUAUUUUGUCGUUCUUUGCUGCGCAGGCCGGCGCUCGCAAGGUGUACGCGGUGGAGGCGAGUAACAUGGCCCACCACGCGCAGGCGCUGGUGCGCGCCAACGGGCUGCACGACCGCAUCACGGUGGUGGCCGGCAAGAUCGAGGAGAUAGAGCUCCCUGAGGCUGUGGACGUGAUCAUCUCAGAGCCCAUGGGCUACAUGCUGUACAAUGAGCGAAUGUUAGAAACAUACCUGCAUGCGAAAAAGUGGCUCAAACCAAAUGGUAACAUGUACCCAACAAGAGGAGACCUCCAUAUAGCACCAUUCACAGAUGACGCACUGUUCAUGGAACAGUAUAACAAAGCCAACUUCUGGUACCAAACCUGCUUCCAUGGAGUUGAUCUAAGUGCACUGCGCACGGCUGCCAUGAAGGAGUACUUCAGACAGCCUAUUGUGGACACAUUUGACAUUCGUAUCUGUAUGGCAAGGUCAGAGCGACAUGUAGUAGACUUCUUGAAUGCACAUGAGACAGAUUUACAUAGAAUUGAAAUUCCCUUCAGAUUUGAGCUGACACAGUCAGGUACGUGCCACGGCUUGGCAUUCUGGUUUGAUGUGCUGUUUGCUGGAGCACAGCAGCACAUAUGGCUGUCCACUGCCCCCACAGAGCCACUCACACAUUGGUACCAAGUGCGAUGCCUCUUAGAGACCCCUAUCUUUGCCAAACAGGGGCAAGCACUCACUGGUCGCGUGUUACUGCUAGCAAACAAACGUCAGAGCUAUGAUGUCACUAUGGAGAUCAACCUAGAAGGUACUAACAUCACAUCAUCAAACACUCUGGAUCUCAAGAACCCGUACUUCAGGUACACCGGCGCGCCGGCGGCCCCUCCGCCCGGCGUCAACAGCAGCUCGCCUAGUGAAACAUACUGGAACUCUAUUGAGUCAACUGCUUCACUGACCAAUGGACAAGGCGUGAUGCUUACAGAUGGAGCCCAGCAGUACUGCUCCACACCUGAUCAGACCAUGGCUUACGGAGCACACCCCAACAUGAUCAAGACAGUGAUGCUACAGGAGGAGUUCAUCAAGAGGAUCGGGAUAAGUCAAAAUGGGGACAUAUAAUCCGAGAGGUCGCGCCGAGCGCGCCUUAGGGCAAUAAGAAACCGCCGUAAUCGGUUGUGAACUAUCUUCCGUUCAGACUUUAUAGUGUGUAAGCGGACUUAUUUAUUAUGAUACAUCACAGUGACACAAUCAUGUAACUAGAGACUCUGCUGGCCUUGUAAAUUAAGUAAAAAGUGAAAUGGUAAUCAAAGGCAAUAAGUUAAGCCUUCUCGGAGAAUGUUUAGUUUUGGCGGUACCAACGCUUAUUAGUGUAAUUUGAACACACAUAGAAAAGUGAAAUUCUGAUGUAAAUAUUCUAUAGUUGGAGGCGAAUCGGCGCGACUGGCCGGCUGACAGUCCCGCUCGAGGCAGCUCUGGGAUAGUAAUUGUACUACUAUUAAUAUAGUCCAAGUACAUUUAGGAUAAGCAAUAAGUGCUGAUUUGAAUGAUAAUGCUUAUCAUUGUCAAUACUCAUUUAUCAUUAUUGGAGUCAGGCUCAAUCAUUAGUUAGGUAGACACAGCCAGUGCUAACCAGUCCAAUGAUACCUUCUGUCUGCCAGUCAACACUAGAGAUCGCGAAUUAUGAAAAUUUACUUCCGUCAAAUAUUUUUAUACACUGCACUUUAGCCAUAGAUUGUGUAAAAAAAUCCUUUUUGUAAAUAUAGGAUAAAGUGAUCAAUUCUUUUUCUGGAACAUUGAUAUUGAGCAAAUAAUCAGUAUUCUGCAUGUUCUUAUUUCUUGAUAAACUUAUGAAUACUGUGAACUUUUGUAUUGUAAGUGGUAACAUUAUAGUAAUGUGAGCAAGGAUCUGCUAUUUUCAUUGUAGACAUUGGUGCUUGAUCCUCUAUUGCACAAAAAUAGAUCAGAUAACAUGACUACCUCAUGAUUUGGCAGACAAAUGGAUCUCGAAAACGUGCUAAGAAGUUGCAAGCAAAAUUAUUGUCACUUGUAGACAUAAACAAUUUGUAUGACCCAUCUAACUACCUAGAUACAUAAAUGAUCUAAAUUAGGAGCGUUGAGUGAAUGAGUUUGCUUGCAAAAGCCUUGGUAUAAUAGAAAAUAAUAACAUGACAAUUUUGUAUGAUGAAGAUCACAUUGAGUUGCCAUAACAGCUUCGGUUACAAUUGGAAUGAAGGUUGUUCAGGGCAUAUAGACUGAAAUAAAUUCUAUAGUUUGUAAUGUACCAAUUUAUUUUCAACAUCUUUAAGUAAAAUAGAACAUGUUGACUAUCCUUGGCGAUUAUUAUUGUUGGUUAAUCAUGAUUAAAAUUGAAUCAAGUUAAUGGAUUUAUUCCAACACUUCUUGGAAUGUGCAUGACUUAGUACUUAUACAUUUCAAAUGUGAUAUUUAUAGUAUGAUCAAUUAAUUACGUUAGAUAUAACUUGGUCACUAUAAUUAAGACCAACUGGAGAUAUUAUUAUUCCUGUAUCAGAAACAAUUUGAUUGUUUUUUAUAUGCCUAAAUAACUUUCAUUCCUCUUGUAUCCAGAGCAAUAAUGAAUUUACUUCACGUUAGUUACUCUGGCAACAUUUGAAGUAAGCAUUAUAUGCGGGCGGGGUGACCAUUGUAAAAAUUAUAAGUGCUUUUAAUGUCUUGUAGUUAAUCUACUGUAUGACUAGGUGCUGUCAUAAGUUAGUAGGGAUUGUAGCACCCCAGAACUUAAAUAGGGACUUUAAUAGAAAUUGGAGACGCAAGCUGUGACUUGGACAGUAGAAUUGUAUUUUCUACCUGUACAAAAUUAUAGUAAAAUGUAUAACUUGGGGUGAGUUUACCCAUAAAUUAAAAAAAUUCAAGGGGUAAAAUGGUCCCUUAAUAAAUAAAGUAAAUCAUCAUAAUUAUUUUUUUAUUUAAAAUGUUGCCAUAAUAUAUUGGCACAGCACCCCGUCCUGCCUCAUUGGUAUUUAUUACGAAGCCAAUAUCACUUGCCAUUUAACGAAAUUCACUUUUACGUUAAUAUCAUAGAGUCUAUAUUCCCUUGGCUAAUUAGGUGUUAGGCCACUAAUUAGAGUAACACCAAUGUUAGAUCAGUGAGCUAAAAAUGAAAAUUUAAUUGAAAUGAAUUUAUUUUGAUGGCUGUCUAGUUAAUAAUACUUAUUAAUCAGCGACUACUGUAUGUGACGUCUUCGCGCUCAUACACUAUUUCACCGACAGCGUAAACGUCCGUUUUUCUUAAAACCACUGUUCACGUUAAAAAUGGUACGUAAAUAGUAAACAAUUGUUUUAAGAAAACCAACGUUUAUUUUGUCGGUGAACUUGGCCCGAGUAGGUAGAGGUAAACAAUUGAUUUACCAGUUUUAAAGUGAUAUUAUUAAAUUGCUGACAUAAUCAGUGAAAUUGUAUCAUAGCUUACUCCAUAUAGAAUAAGGUGAUAAUACUAAGACAUUGUAAUGAUUGACUAUUCUCACUUCAGAGAACAUACAUUUUCUAGACAUAGGUCUCCUGUCAGCCAUUAAGAGUUAGGUAAUAAAGCUAGAACGUUUAAUACCAUUUGGUAUAACUUAUGAAUAAUAAUGUAUCCUUAAGUAUAAAAAGGAUGAAAGCAACUACCAUUCAACCACAUUAUAUUCACUGCCAGAUAUAAAACCUUACAAAUGAAGAAUUUUUCCUGAUUACAAAAUAGGGAUGUAUUAAAUUUUCAUUUCUAGCAACACCUAGAAAUACAGAUUAUGUAAAUAAGAACAAUUUGCAACGAUUUUGUUUGAUAUUUUUUUGACUUGCAUCACUUUUCGCGGUUGUGUAUUAAAAUCUUUUUGUAUAUAUUAUAUGAGAUUAGCAUGUUGUAUGUAGAAAUAAACUAAGUUUACUGGUUGAUUAUAUAACUUUAUUAAAACACUGAGUGUAUUCUUGGCUGGUGGUUAUUUAGAAUUCUUGGGAAUUGCUGAAUUGCACCCUGGUUAUCUAAAGUCUAUGAAAAUUCUAAGAAGUUGAUCUAUAGAACUAAAUGUUUAGCCUAUUGUGUUGUAUGGGCUUUUAUGCAAAGCAUGGUAAUUUCUGGUCAGCCCAGUUGUCAACUACCUGAAUUCAUUUCUAAUACAGGUAGUUGAAAAUUAGCGUCUCUGGUAUAGUGAUGACUAAAGAGAGAGCCCAUUAAAAAAUGAAUACCACCAUAAAAAUAAAUAACAACCAUUAAACUUAGUUUAUUUGCAAUAAUAAAAUAUCAAAUCAAUUGGUCAAUUUCAUGCUUAAAAAAAAUUGUAAGCGGUAUUUUAACUCUUUGAAUGUUUAUAGAAUAUAGUCCCUCGACACAAAAUACAUAGGUACAGAAGUCAAUCUACAUACAAAGCGCGUUCGAGUCACGCAGACAUAGGUGUCUAUGUGUGCGUGUUCACAGACGCGCUGUCUCAAAACAACUCAAAACAGUGCGAGCGGGGCUGCCGUUUUCUUGAGAUAAGCGCGUCACACAAAGGUAGAUAAAUGUGCACGCGUUGUGAUACCUACCUAACUGUAAUUUGACUGUAAUAUUUUUAAUUUUAAUAACAAAAGAAAAAGUAAUAAUGGAGCAACAAAAUUCGUAUUAUAAUUGAACAAGUUGACGGUUGUUUUAUACAACAAUAAACAGUGAAUUGUCGUUUUUUUAGCCUGCCGUAUUACCUAUAGUAUGUACCUACUUAUUUUCUCAUAUUUCGAUGGUUCGUUUAAUAAACGCAGUAGGUAGGUACAGUUAGGUGGGUAGGUAAGCGCCCCGGCGGCGGCCUCUGGCCCAAUGCCGUAAUAAGUUUUGCUAGUGUCGAUCCAGGCGAACCUGCCUACCUACCCUCAAAGAUUAUUGCUAGUAGGAGUUGAUAAUUUUUGUGAUCAUGGCGAGACUAUGUUGUAAGGUAGACGAAAUAAAACUCGCACAUCAAGUUUUCUGUAGGUAGAAGCAAGCUUAGAUCAGGGACUGUACCAACCCAUUACAUACAAAAAUAUUUUUUUCACAAGUAAAGAGUAGGGUAAGUAUAUAUGUAUGAAUAACAAAAUUAUAAAUUGCGGUUUCUGAAAAACGGUAUCCCGUUCAAACGGAUUUCCGUUGAAAGUGUUUAUUAACCUCUUGUAUGCCACAUUAAAUAUUUUAUUAUUAUUGGUUUAUAUUUCAUUUUUCCUGUUUUAUUCUCAACAAUACAUCAAAUAAUUAGAUACGAGUACCACUACCACGUUAGUUUUAUGCGCAUAAAACAGUUGACAACCCUAGCGCGACCGCCGAGUUUAGGCAUGAAAAGUGAAGUACAUACAUGAGAUUGACUUCUGUACCUAUGUAUUUUGUGCCCUCGAUUUACAUAAGAAAUAGUUUUAUGACCGUGUAGUUCCAUUGUCUUGGCAAUGUUUGUCUUCCAAUGCUUAGGCCCAAGUUAACAUUAUAAACAUAUAUUUUUUUAAAUGACUGUUUAGUUUGCAAAUUCGUAGUAAACAGUUGUUUUAAGAAAACUGACGUUUAUGUUACCGGUGAACUUGGGCCAUAAGCUGGUAUUCCGAUGCACGCGACUGUCGUAUGCGGCCGACGUUUCGGACGCGUGAACUCCAAAGAGUUUAUGUUGAGAAAUCUCGAAAUCGCCCUCUCAGCAGUAUAACUAUCAUUAUCUGCCUAGCCUUUUGCCAAAUAUGUUGGUUUCGGCUUUCAGUAUAACCGGUUGCAGCUGAGUACCAGUGUUUUACAAGGAGCGACUGCCUAUCUGACCUCCUCAACCCAGUUACCCGGGCAACCCAAUACUAAGCAGUACCUGGGUAGUUUAAAAUCUUCUCCGCUCCGCUCAUGGUAUGGGCCAACGCGUUGCGAGAUGGUUGCGAUCGACAAACGCGUGCGACGGGAUUCGAGCCUAAACUUCUUGUAAUCUGUUUUGAGAUAAUUUUCAUUCAAGAGUUAAAAGACUGUAUUGAUUUAAAUUCAGUAGUUUUUGAAAGACUGGACAGAGCAUUAAUAAAUGUUUGGGCAUUCUAAGGGUCUCGUACGAUUGUUGUCCAUUACCUACGUAAAAACGGGCUAUAAAAUAUAUUUAAUGAAAUCGGGUCAUGCAUGGCAGUGUUUCCGGGAACGCAAAAUCAAAACCAGUCUUUCAAAAAGUUCUCGAAUAUACCUAAUGUUUUUUUUUUAUUUGGAAUCUGAUUUUGUAUGUAACGUAGCCUGUAUGACAAUUAUAGAACAAUUUAGUUUCAUUUUUUUUUCUCGACAACAUAGAAAAUUAUGUUUUGGAUAUCGUUCCUAUUCACGCUGCAGGAGCGGAUCGAAGGAUCUAGAACCAGAAGCUUGUCUGUGAUCGUUUAGAAAGAUAAACUUAUAUUUUGUAGUAAUAUGCGAAUUAGUUUCUUUGUACUUCUCAGAAGUCAUUUAAAUGUCCUCUAAAUAGUGUGGUAGUAAUUUUGUAAUUCAAACUCCUUUGAAAAAUAUGUAUCGGUAACCUUUCGGUCCGCUUGUGCAGUGCUUCUAAGUGGGUGCAGACAUAUGUGAAAUUUACCAUAAGCGUCUAAGAGCAAACAAUUGUGGUGCCUACUGAGGCAGUUGAUUUCGCAGGCCAUGGCUUAUAGAACCGCACCGUGGCCUCAUAUUAUAGUCCCUUAUCUAGAAAUAUUGCUUUUAAGUGUACUUGAUACUCUAGGAAUAUGAAGCCCUCAUCGUAGCUCGGAGAAUACGGCUUGGGAAUGAAGGCAUAUAAGCAAUAAUUAAUUUUAAGGAAACAUUCACGCGGGGAGCAAUAAGCUAGUCGAUUCAAAGGCCUUACCGUGGCCUCGCCAGGCCCGUCCUAUGAGCCUUGGCCUGAAGCUCUUACAUUAAGUAUUAAUUAUUAUUUUCACUGCACGUCCACGUAAUUUUGUGUAGUAAACAAUCAAAGUGUAAUCCUAAGUUGAUAAUGACGAUGACUUAAUAUUAUUAUGAAAAUGAAGAAGUUUGGACGGCAAUUUUCGGUAAUAAUUAUAUCAAAUAAUUCUAAUCUA